AUGUCUCUGAGCACAUAUGAAAGAAACGAAAAUGCAAGUAUUCUGAGGGGACCAAAAUUACCUUUUCCUUAUGGAAUGCCAUCAUCGACACUCCACGGUGUCCUCGAAUAUAAAGCAAGAAUGGAAGAUGCAGACAAGACAGCAGUAAUAUACAGAAGUAGUAAAUUGACUUUCUCUCAGCUAAAUAAGAAAUCUAAUGCAAUGGCACGUGUAAUUAGGAAUGAGAUGAAGACAUUCAAACUUGAUACUUCAUCAAUCAUUGGAAUACAUUUGAAUCCGAGUGAUGAUGUAAUCAUAUUGAUAUUUGCUCUUCUCAAAUUAGGAGUUGCAUAUCUUCCAUUGGACCCAAUGUAUCCUAUAGUACGUCUCAGACACAUUAUUGGCGAUGCACGUCCAGUAUGUGUAAUAUCUCAAUCAGACCUGAAUGUGUUAGAACACCUACAAACAUCAACGCAGAACACAAUCCAGGCAUGCUUUUUAUUAGCUGAUCUACAGAAGAAAAUGGUUAAAUUUACCAAUGAUGACCUCCACGAAACAGACCAAUCUUCCACGACUGAUGCAGCCGCAUGUGUAUUAUAUACUUCUGGCUCCACUGGGGUUCCAAAGGGUGUCAAAAAGACUCACAGAAGUAUAUUAAUUCGAAGUAGGGCACUUUGGGAUGCGGCCAAUUUUAGUCAAACUGAAGUUGGAUGUUGGAAAUCAUCACUAAAUUUUGUAGACUCAACAACAGAGAUAUUUGGCUUCUUACUGAAAGGACUGCCACUUAUUGUCGCAGAAGUAGGCACAGUAAACAAUCCAGAACUGUUUAUCCAGUUUCUGGCUAUACAUAGAGUGACAUGGGUUAUUUUAGUUCCAACUCUACUGCAAACCAUGCUGACUGUAUUACGAGCGAGGUCUCUCCACGAAAAAAAGUCAUUGGUGGCAUAUUGCAAACCUGUGGAUGGUGACGAACAAUGGAAGCCAGAAUCAGUGUAUCAACAGUUAAAGUUGACAUUGCCUUCGUCCAUGAUUCCUACUGUUGUUCCAGUCAACACAUUCCCAUUGUUACCAAACGGUAAAAUAGACAAAGCUGGCCUCGGUAAAGAAAGGGUGACUUGUGUGAAAGAGAAGACAGAUACAAAUGAUUAUUCAUAUAAGGCAUUGAUCAUUCGAUCUACAGUUGCUCGAGUGCUGAAUUUGACAGAAGAAGAUGUUUCUCUGGAACAUAAUUAUUUUCAUCUUGGCGGUAAUUCAGUAAAUGCCAUAGAAGCUGUUAUGAAUUUUCGAGCAAGUGGUUUAAAUGUGGAAAUAUUGGACUUCUUCACAGCCAAAUGUUUGAAAGAUAUUAUUUGCCCAGAAAAACAGAAGAUGGACUGGAAUGAUGAUAUCAAUAAUUAUUUAUGUGAAGAUUAUGACAUAUUAUCUAUUAAUGAUGUCACUGAUGAUCGAAUCAAUGAUGCCUGCUUAAUAUCUGCUAUUCGUUUUACAGAUACGAACCCACUCACUGCUUCAUUGAAUGCAUAUCGUCAUAAAGUCAUUAAUUCGUAUAAAAACUAUUUUAAACAUUCAUUUUCGCAUUCUAAAAAGCUAUCAUUUCUGGUGUGUCGGAAAAGUGAUGGACACAUAGUGGCAUUUUCCCAAAAUGAAGAUCUUAUGAGCAGUAGUAGCUUUCAGAUUGACAAAGAGGAUGAUUGUAAGCCCAUACAAGCGCUCUUUAACGUAAUAGAUACAGCAACUGACGAAAUGAAAAGUUUGAUAGGAGUGAAUGCAGCAAAUCAGUGGUUACUUGAUAGUAUAUCGGCUAUAAGUGAUGAAGUAGAUAUUGAAAUGGUUGCACCUAUUCAGACACUUAUCGAAAAAGAAAAAAUUCGACGUGCAAGGUGUCAUGGGUACUCUGGUGUUUGUGGAAUUUACUCGCAUGAUUUAACUUGUGCUGUGGCACUCUCCAUUGGUCAUAUCGAAAUUGGUGCAUCCGGUUUCUUACGUGAUUAUGAAUAUGAUGGUUGCAAACAGUUCAGUAACAUUCACCCUGCUGACAGUCGGCUUCAAUACCUCAUUAAACAUGUGUAAGUGUCAAGUACUGGUGCUGUUUUCAAAACACACAUAUAUAUAUGAGGGUGGUAUUCAAAACGAAUCUGAAUCAUGUCGAUAAUUGUAAAAAUAUAAUGGUUUUUGUCAUUUUCAUUCCAUAAACAGGGGUAUAAUGUUCAACCAUUUAUUAAAUGACUUUUGUAUUUUUAGUUUUGCCUUGAGACUUCCUGUAAGCUACGACUUAGAGAAAUACGGCCGCUGUAAAGUAAGUCAUGUAUCAUCUAUGACGCCACAGGACAUUUGUAGUUGAGGUUUAUAACAUU